UAUUGUUGUGCCAUUGUUUGCGCCCUUUACACGUGGCGACGGGAACCAGCCCAUCUCAUAAUCACCACCAGAGCAAGUCCUGAGAUCGUCUGCAGCAAAGGUCCCAGUCGAGACAGGCGGGAACUCCAACUUUCAAAAAUGUCAGAGAAGCUCUCCUCUUCCGAUGGUGCUCCGGCCGAGACGCCACAGCAUCAUCCGGAGCUGGUGACCAAGGGAGACGAUGGCGUCGUCCUGGCAAGCGAGGCAGACGCCGAGCUGUUAGCCAAGAUGGGAUACAAGCAGGAGCUGAAGCGGAACUUCUCGACGCUUGAGGUCUUUGGCAUUGCCUUCUCCAUCAUGGGCCUCCUCCCCUCCAUCGCCAGCACCCUCGCCUUCUCCCUUCCGGCUGGACCGGCAGGGAUGGUAUGGUCGUGGUUCCUGGCUAGCGGCUGCAUCUUUGUCGUCGGCCUGGCCAUGGCAGAUCUGGGGAGCGCGAUGCCUACCAGUGGUGGUCUAUACUGGUGGACGCACUACUUUAGCUCGCCCAAGACGAGGAAUUAUCUGUGCUUCUUGGUGGGGUAUAGUAAUACCCUGGGUCUGGUCGGUGGACUAUGUUCUAUCAAUUACGGAUUUGCCCUCAUGUUUUGUGCAGUCAUCGUCAUCUCGACGGAUGGCUCAUGGACUCCAAGCAAUGGGAUUGUAUACGUUGUGUUUAUGAUUUGCACACUUACGCAUGGCAUACUCGCGUCUCUUCUGACCAAGAUCAUGAAUAAGCUCCAGACGUUUGCGGUUUUUCUAAACAUCGCCCUGAUCGUCUCUACUAUCAUUGCACUUCCAGUGGGGGUGGCCAACAGGCGCAACGACGGGCACUUUAUAUUUGCCACCGUGGAGAACCUCACAACCUGGCCCACGGGCUGGGCUUUCAUGCUCGCAUGGCUGUCGCCCAUCUGGACCAUCGGGGCUUUCGACAGCUGCGUCCACAUGAGCGAGGAAGCCAGCAAUGCUGCCAAGGCUGUGCCACUGGGCAUCCUCAGCUCGAUCGGCAUGUGCUGGGGUCUGGGUUUCGUGAUUGUCAUUGUGCUCGCUGCUUGCAUUGACCCGAACAUCGAGAACGUGCUAGGCAGCUCGUUUGGGCAGCCUAUGGCUCAGAUCUACUACGAUGCAUUAGGGAAACAGGGGGCCAUGGGCUUUAUUGCAUUCCUGUUCAUCGUACAGUACCUCAUGGGAUACUCUAUCACGAUAGCCGCCUCACGGCAAAUGUGGGCGUUCUCUCGAGAUGGCGCUCUGCCUUUCUCGUCCUUCUUCCGCCGCAUUUCCAAAACAUUUGGCUACAUCCCACUCCGAGCAGUCUGGGGCGCUGUAUUUGCUGCCAUCAUACUGGGCCUCCUGUGCCUGAUCGCCCCAGCCGCCGCGUCGGCCCUGUUCAGCCUGGCGGUUGCUGGCAACAACCUGGCCUGGGGCAUUCCGAUAUUCGCACGUGUUGUGUGGGGAAGGGGAAAAUUCACACCAGGCGCCUUCUAUACCGGGAACAAGUUCAGUGUCCCCAUCGCGUGGGCUGCUGUUACUUUCCUGGUAUUUGGCAUCAUGCUGGCGAUGUUCCCUGUUGGAGGGCCAGAUCCCACCCCCGAGUCCAUGAACUACACAGUGGUCGUGAACAUGGCGGUCUGGGGAGGAUGUUCUGUCUAUUACUUUGCCUUUGCUAAGAAGUGGUUCGUUGGCCCCAAGUCGACGGUGGUAGAGAUUGAAGGUGUGACUGGGCAUGCUUUGACUGACCCACAGACGGAUGGGCUUGUAAAUGAGCUCGAAGAGAAUGGGCAGACGGAGAAGGUAGCCGUUGCCAAGGAGUGAAUAUUUGGGGGCCUUAAUAGACCUAGAGGGGCUCUCAUUGCAGUGACAGCAGCUAUGCGCGACAAGAGAUCUCGCGCACAGCCUUUGUCGAGCACCUAAGCGG